UAGACUUAGAAGGGGGGUAAUAUGGAGAUUUGGAAUCCCCCCCAUGCAUUUUAAUGACAUUACAGAGUUCCACUUACUGUUUUACUGCAUCUGAAUAGAACAUUUCAUGUCAUAAUGGGCGAGGAUGUGCCAGUGUUAAAGGCAUAGAGAUAUGUAUAUAUAUGAAUGUAUAAAUCAAGAAAAUUAGAUUAGACAGUAUAGAGAAAUACAAUAGAUAUACACUGUCAACCCUUAGACAAGAAGGUAGCCAGUGAACCUAUGAGCCAUAUAGUGGAGAUUAAAGACCAGGCCAGAUUGCAGCCACUGGACAACCCAGAGCAGGCCCUGGAUAAGACCUUGAAACUGCUCAGCUCUGACUCAGUUGACUGGGAGAAGAAGAUUGAAGGCUUGACCAGUCUCCGUUCAAUGGCUCAGAACCACAAAGAACUGCUGAUGCCAAGACUGCAUGAUGUCUGCCUGGCAGUUAUAGACGAGGUGAAGAACCUGCGCUCUGCAGUGUCCCGUGCUGCCAUGGUAACACUGGGUGACAUGUACGUCCACCUUCAGAGGGCCAUGGACUGUGAGGUGGUGGUGACUGGACGCGUGCUGCUGCACUUGGCUAGCUAUGCCAAUGCCUUCAUUCGCCAGGGGUGCGAACACCGCCCUGCGUCACAUGGUGCAGUCCUGCAGCCCUACACGCGUCUUGAAGGCCCUGCUCGCCGGCGGGCUGAGUACUGUUUGUCCCUCCUCAGCCACCAUAAUGCUGCGGUGAGGGGCAGUGCUGCUGAGCACCUGAAGAGUCUGGUCGAGGUCAUGGGGGCAGCUCACAUUCUUUCAGGGAAGAAAGACCUCACUAUCCACUUCCUGAUUGCUGUCAGCAAACUAGCUGUGGACCCCGCACAGUAUGUCAGGUCAGAAACUAACUACUCCUAA